CAGCCCCGGACGCCGGGUAGAGAGGAGCGGGGUCAGAGAGACCAGGAGAGCAGUACGAACAGGAGGACUUCGAGACCCUACCCGAGCUGGGUAGCGGACCCAGAGGGCGGGAGCCACAGGUCCACGCCUCCUUUCGCCGCGCCCGCAGCCCCGGGUCCGCGCGCGCCCACUUGGCCUGGAGCCCGAAUCCCACCCCCCCGGGUCCAGAGCCAAUCGGCCGCGCCCCGCCUCCUGGGAGGUGGGGGAGGAGGGGGUUGGGGGCCGGGCGGCAGCUCCCGCCUCUAGCUCGUGCCCAUUGGCUGGGGCCUCGAGGGUGCCCGAAGACCGGAGUGCAGUUUGAUUGGCCGCAGAGGCUCGUGACAGCGGCGCCCAUUGGCUGUGGCAGCCCCCGUGACGCGGGGUGGCGACUGGCUCCCGGGUCUGAGGGGCUCCUGCUUGUCAGGUUCUAGCUCAUGUUUUCUGGCCAGACCUGUGGUCAUUCCCGUGAGACUUUACUGCACAUUUUCUCAAGUGUCUUCCUCAUCCCCAAUGUGUAAUCCUUCAACAUGGACCUGCUAUUUUAGCUGAGAUAUGACCAGCAAUGAAUAGUAGUAAGAUAUGUGCUGAUUAGAAGGCUCACAGCGCAGUGUGGAGGAUAAGACAGUGCCUUACAAAAUGGGGUUUGGGAGUGACCUGAAGAAUUCACAUGAAGCUGUGCUAAAAUUGCAAGACUGGGAAUUACGGUUACUGGAAACAGUGAAGAAAUUUAUGGCCCUGAGAAUAAAAAGUGAUAAAGAAUAUGCAUCUACUUUACAGAACCUUUGUAAUCAAGUUGAUAAGGAAAGUACUGUUCAAAUGAAUUAUGUCAGCAAUGUAUCCAAGUCUUGGCUACUUAUGAUUCAGCAGACGGAACAGCUUAGUAGAAUAAUGAAGACACAUGCAGAGGACCUAAAUUCUGGACCCUUACACAGGCUCACUAUGAUGAUCAAAGACAAGCAGCAGGUGAAGAAGAGUUUUAUAGGUGUUCAUCAGCAGAUAGAAGCAGAGAUGAUCAAGGUUACAAAGACAGAAUUAGAGAAAUUAAAAUCCAGCUAUAGACAGUUAAUAAAAGAAAUGAAUUCUGCCAAAGAGAAAUAUAAAGAAGCUUUAGCUAAAGGGAAAGAAACCGAAAAGGCCAAGGAACGAUAUGACAAAGCAACAAUGAAACUUCAUCUGUUGCAUAAUCAGUAUGUAUUGGCAUUGAAAGGGGCACAACUUCAUCAGAAUCAGUAUUAUGACACCACACUUCCUUUGCUUCUGGACUCCUUACAAAAGAUGCAAGAAGAAAUGAUAAAAGCACUAAAAGGUAUAUUUGAUGAAUACAGCCAGAUAACCAGUCUUGUUACAGAAGAAAUAGUGAAUGUCCAUAAAGAGAUUCAAAUGUCAGUUGAACAGAUAGACCCUAGCACAGAAUAUAAUAAUUUCAUAGAUGUUCACAGAACAACGACUGCUAAAGAGCAAGAAAUUGAGUUUGAUACUUCCUUACUAGAAGAAAAUGAAAAUCUUCAGGCAAAUGAAAUUAUGUGGAAUAAUUUAACAGCAGAAAGUUUACAAGUAAUGUUGAAAACUUUAGCAGAGGAACUUAUGCAGACACAGCAGAUGCUUUUAAACAAGGAGGAGGCUGUCUUGGAGCUAGAGAAGAGAAUUGAGGAAUCUUCUAAGACCUAUGAAAAGAAGUCUGAUAUUGUGCUUCUGCUAAGUCAAAAACAGACACUUGAAGAGCUGAAACAGUCAGUCCAGCAGCUGAGAUGCACUGAGGCAAAGUUUAUAGCACAGAAAGAAUUACUAGAGGAAAAAGUACAAGAAAAUGAUGGGAAAGAGCCACCUCCAGUAGUAAAUUAUGAAGAAGAUGCACGAUCAGUUACAUCUAUGGAAAGAAAGGAGAGGCUAUCCAAAUUUGAGUCUAUUCGUCAUUCAAUUGCUGGAAUAAUUAGGUCUCCAAAAUCGGCACUGGGCUCUUCAACAUUCUCUGAUACCAUCCCUGUAAGUGAGAAGCCCCUGGCAGAACAGGACUGGUACCAUGGAGCAAUUCCCAGAAUAGAAGCGCAAGAUCUAUUAAAACAGCAAGGAGACUUCUUGGUGCGAGAGAGUCAUGGGAAACCUGGUGAAUAUGUCCUUUCUGUAUAUUCUGAUGGACAAAGGAGACACUUUAUCAUACAAUUUGUUGAUAAUCUAUAUCGAUUUGAAGGCACUGGUUUUUCAAACAUUCCUCAACUCAUAGAUCAUCACUAUACAACAAAACAGGUCAUCACUAAGAAAUCAGGUGUAGUUCUGCUGAAUCCUAUUCCUAAGGAUAAGAAAUGGGUUCUCAAUCACGAAGAUGUCACAUUGGGAGAAUUACUGGGCAAGGGAAAUUUUGGUGAAGUAUAUAAGGGCAUAUUAAAGGAUAAAACUGCUGUUGCUGUUAAAACCUGUAAAGAAGACCUUCCUCAGGAACUGAAAAUAAAAUUUUUACAAGAAGCCAAAAUUCUCAAGCAAUACGAUCAUCCCAAUAUUGUCAAACUUAUAGGCGUUUGCACACAAAGACAGCCUAUCUACAUCAUUAUGGAACUGGUUCCAGGAGGUGAUUUCCUGUCCUUUCUGAGAAAGAAGAAGGAUGAAAUAAAGCUCAAACAAUUAGUGAAAUUUUCACUAGAUGCUGCUUCUGGUAUGUCCUAUCUCGAGAGUAAAAACUGUAUACACAGGGAUCUUGCUGCAAGAAACUGCCUGGUAGGUGAAAAUAACAUUCUGAAAAUCAGUGACUUUGGAAUGUCUCGUCAAGAGGAUGGUGGAGUGUAUUCAUCUUCUGGCUUAAAGCAGAUUCCCAUUAAAUGGACAGCACCAGAAGCUCUUAAUUAUGGGAGAUACAGUUCUGAGAGUGACGUGUGGAGCUUUGGCAUCCUCCUCUGGGAGACAUUCAGCUUAGGGGUCUGCCCAUACCCUGGAAUGACAAAUCAACAAGCCCGGGAGCAAGUGGAAAGAGGGUACCGAAUGUCAGCCCCUCAGCAUUGCCCAGAGGACAUUUUCAAAAUUAUGACGAAGUGCUGGGAUUAUAAACCUGAAAACCGCCCCAAGUUCAGUGAACUUCAGAAAGAGCUCACUGUCAUCAAGAGGAAAAUCACACAGUGAUGGAGCAGUGCCAGCAGCCUCUAGGACCUGGUCCUCCAACAGAGUGACACUGUUCUUCUUGUUAACAAUGAGUUUAUACCACAUGACCUGCAACAGUCUUCUAAGGUGAUUUUUGUCAUUAACUGUUUUUUUUAAGUAUGUGCCACUUACAAAAAAAAAAAGCAAAGGCCAAUGUAUUCCAGAAACAGACACUCUUACCAAGGGCUUUACUAGCUCACCCCAGCAAUCCUGCCAUUUCAGGCCAUUGUAAAUAGAAAAGCACAGCCUCUCAGUGGGAGGGACGAUCAGAUCUGUUUCACACCAGGACCACUGAUGUGUCUCCAAGGUUUUCUACUUGAGGCACAGUUCACGGUCAGCUGUCAUGUGCCACAGACCACCCCCCCCCCGUCGGUGCUGGAGCAGCGCUGGGAAUGCCGUUGUCUGCGGGACACGUUCCAAGCAAAGGUGGCUUUUUGCUCUGCCAAGGCAAGAUUCUGUUUGUAAACAUCAUUUUAUGCUGGGAAUUAGUUGGACCUCGUAGGGUUUUUCUCUUCUUCCUUGCCAGAAAGAAGUGCAGUGUGAGAAACGUCACACUCCUGUAUUAUGAGUAAGGUGGAGCUGUUGCCCUGCUCCUCGGUCCGGGCAGCGGACAGUGCUGCAUGGAAUGUCCUCAAAGAGCCCACUCCUCGGGUUGAACCAGCAGCUCUUAAAGGGUGUUUUCUGAGAGCCGUGCCAGCAAGAAGGAAGCUUUGAAUGGGAGGGGGGUCUGGAGAGGGAGCAGCUAGAGAAAGAGAAGGAAAAUAUAAAAUCUGCCUUCUUAUCAGAGUUAUGCCUUUACAAACACACACACACACCUUUUAUCUUACGGUCUGAAUUCACAGGGAAAGUUCUAAAAUGUUUUCGGAAGUUCACAGUUAGAGCCUAAUGGCAGCAAAAAAAUGUUUUAGCGGAACUACAAAGCCCAAGUCCACAGAAAUAACAGCCUACUUUUGCUUAAGUACCUUCACCUCAGAAGAGACAUCCCGGUAUUUAAUGCCCUUUAUUUGUAUCAUUUUCCAGAGCUGAAAGAAUUUUGUGAUUCUAGUUUGUCAACACACUAAUGUGUGUACACACAUGCACGUGUGCCUACACACACACACACACACACACACACUACCAUCAAGCAGGAGUGAACAGUAAAGAAGUCAAGUGAACAUUAUUGAAGAAGAUAUCGGGACAGCUCUCCUGUUUCCACUUUCCCCCUUCAUUUACCCUUACACUGCUACCAGGAAAUCCUCAUCUUAGCUGACAGGUAUGCGAGCACAGUUCUGGAGAUGCUGCAUGUGAAUCAUAUGUAACACAGAGUUAAAAGUAGGAUUCUGUUGAGCUGCAACUCAUUUCUAUUGAGUUGCAUCCAGGGAACUUACCCCAUGUUCUGUAUAUAGUUGCCUCUCAGGAUAAAUAUGUGUGUAGGAGAUGGUCACGCUCAGGGGUCAAUGUGGCUUGGGAGCUUUUAAUAAGUGCUCCGGCCUGUGUCCAGAUAAAUAGCACCUUAGUGAUCGUUUGGUUAUAUCCGUUAGAAGAGCUUAUGGGAUAGAAAAUUCCUCCUGCCCUCUCCAGCUGUUCGCUGCCUAUGAAUACCAUCGCACAGAACUCACACCCAGUACCCUAAAGAGUAUAAAGGAUAAUACUGAAGAGAACAAAUGAUAUGUCUAUCAUUUCAACUUCCUUGCAAGUUUUGUACACAUUUAAUAAUUACUACAUCCAGACUAAAAUGAAAACCAAGUAAACUUGCCCUCAAAAAUAUAUUGCAAUAUCCAAGCAACUUUUUAAAAAAUCAGCAUUGUCUUCCCUUCUGUCAAAUAUGGUAAAUAAAUGAAAACUUCUUUUGAUGGCCUAUACCGUGCUAAAUCAAAGACAGACGCAUUAAUUAAGUUCUAUGGUCUUCCGGCACUUGCCAGCCUUCAAAGGAAAAGAGUCAGAUGCGACAUUUUUAUCCUUUGUCAGUAUUUCCAAAUGAACCUCUUCGUAAUAUUCUUUGUUUAAAGAAAACAGCCCCUCAUCACUUAUUAGCCUUAACGCUAAGCUCUCAGCAAGGAGAGGGAAUGACGGUUCUGGCUUUAAUUUUGUGAACAAGACCUGAAGCUUAAUCUUUGCAUUCUGGUGUAAAAAAUGAACAUGGCAUUGAUAUUUCACUCAUCCAGGCUGUUAGAAUUUGCAAUUCAUAUCAUAACUCUGUGCUUAAAGAAGCUUUUCAAAACAUCAUGACAUCUGCAGCAUUUAAAUUCUAUUUUAUUCUUUGUCCCAAAGCAGGCAGCAGUAUAGUUCAGGAUUAAUAACUCAUUGGGAAUCUUUCAGGAUAAGUUGUAUGGAGUAUUAACUUUAAUAUAGGCACAUGCAUUAAGAAAAACUUAUGCAAACCAUUUUUUACUGUUAAUUUUGUUGUGCUUGGAGCAUAAUUUAUUCAUCCCUUCUGUCACUGAUAAUUAUUGGAAUUAUGUACUUUAAGAGGUUAAUCCAUACCCAGAAAGCACACAUAUAAAUACUGUUCUGAAUUUGCAAGUUGAUGUGGGGAAAGAAGGCUCUAGAAAUGCACAAAACCUUAUAACUUGUUUAGUAAGAAGACAGUAACCAAAAUUGCCACUAGACUGGAUGUAAUUAAGCCAGGUCACAAAUCUGUGUUGCUAAUGGAUUUUCCAAGAGUUGCAUUUAUCAUUCCUAUACAGUUCCUGUCAUACUUCCUUAAAUUUAUGAGUACAAAGUGGGGGUGAGGGGGAGAUAAGCCCAGGCAGCCUGACUCACCUGCAUUUUUCGAUCCUGAAUCACCAACAAACCAUUAUGACAAAUAUUUAGGUAGUUCAUCAAUUUUCAAGAACAGAAAUCUUUUACUGUUAAAUUAAUAUGUAUUGCCAAUAUUUGAAACCUAAAAUGAAUUUCGUAUUCCAUGCAAUCUAAGGUUACUUCCCAAAGCCAAUAUAUUCUUUCUCUUCCAGGAAAAUAAUAAUAAAGGAUUAGCAGGUUUUGUUUAAACUUUUUAAAACCAGAUGCCUUAUUUCAGUCCAUCCCACCACUGAGUCCCCAGUGAAAGGUCUCAUGUAAUCAUUUCCCUCUCAUUGCCCAAAUUUAAUAUAGGCAAUAAAGUUCUUCAUCCAUAAUUCAUCAUUUUAUGGCAAAUACAAUAUUACUGAAACAUCUUACUAGCAGAUCAGUAUAGACCGUGAGCCUAAUUGUAUUAGCUAUUGUUCAGGACACAUUUCACAGCUGUUUUUCAUUUGAAGGUUAUUUUUAAAAGAAAAGCUAAUGUUUAGUCAUUGAAAUAGGUUUAAUUUCCUUUAAGCCACAGUACGGUUUUCUUGUCUGUUGUAUUUCGGUUUUGCCAUAUAGUUUUAUAUAGUUUGGCUAAUACCACUAAAAUAACUCUGCGAGAUUGUGUCAAGAAGAAACUGUUUCAUUGUGAUAUAUGCCCCACGCUGAGGAUCUCGUUAGGGGGAUAAACAUAACACUUACAAUGCAAAAAUCAGUGACAGCACGUUGCUGUCAUUCAGAGUUCUCUCAGACAUUCCACUUUCACAGGCUUGCUUGUGACCAGCAGUGGUUCUCAGAGUACACCUGACAACCUCGGGGAGUAUGCUCUGUGGACACUAUUUUGUGGCCAGGGGUUUUCUGAAGUGAGAUCUAUAUAUUCUGCAGAGGCUGUUUGCCUCAGCCCUCUUCUUUUUACACAUACUCCCUUGAUCACACCACUGAUAUUUUAGAAGUUUCUUACCAACAGAACUGAUUGUCCAUAAGCACUGUCCUGUAAAGACCGACUUUUGUAUUUAGGUCAGAGCCUUCACACAAAACAGAGAGUAACGGAAAAUAAGCAGGACAACAAAGGGGCGAACAUUGAAAAAGACACAUCUUCUUUAUGUAUUAAUAUGUUAAUUAAAUGGAAACAAAGAUUUUAUAUGAAAGUGAGUUUAUAUUACAUUUCCAUUAUACUAUUAAGUUAGCAUGAAAGUUUACCAUUAAAAUAAAGUUACCUCUUUUAUUACUAACUCUGAUUUGCUUAUGCAUACCAGAAAUUUUUUAUUAAAUAUUUUAAUUUUAUUUAUUUUUCUCUGUUUUGAUUAGUUUCACAUCAAGUCUGAAUACAGUAUUAUUUGGGAGAAUCCAGAAUUGCAUAUUCAUUCCUGCAAAAGAAAAUAGUCAUGUACAAGAUUACCUACUUGAAGGAGAUACUGAUAGUCUUAGAGUCCCAUAAAAUUCUCCUUUAAAGAAUAAUGCUAUAAUGCAGACAGUGUAUAAACUAUCUCAGUCAUAAUUCAAUUCAAGGAAAUAUUUAUUACCCCUUGAAAAACAGCCUACCACCUCAUAAUGAUUCAAAGAUUAAAUUCUGAAUUGUUGCGUAUAGACAUCAAGACUCACUCAGCUCACUAAUAGGACAGAGAGUCUUGGGUGGUAGAAGAAUCCUGCUGAACUAAAUUCCAGUCACUUUAAACCGCACAGAAGUAAUGAGCAUAGCCUUUAGUUUGUCUGUUAAUAAGGAGCUGAGGUGAGCAUCUGCAAAGGCAAGAGAGCAAAGAACCUGUUAUUCUAAGACAGGAUGAUGCAGCCCCUACUGAGAGUAUGGAACAAUUCAAGUGGAACAGAGGCUUGGACAAUGUCACUAGAAAGCCCAGGGAGACUGGUGCCUCCAGGCCAGAUCCUUCCCGAUAGAAAAUGAAAAAGAUACGGAAGCCAAAGAAGCAAAAGAGGUCACCUGCCAGUGUGUGGGCCUUAGUGUGAGCAAACCAAACACCUCUCUCCCUUGCCUUUGGAGCAGUUUUCUGUCCACGGCUCAGGGAUGAUGCUGCUGGACCACACCUGCACUCAUUGUCUUGCUGACCAGGAUCUGGGCAUAUAUGUUCAGACAUUUAAAAGACACAACUCCAAAUCUCUUUCCAUUUGCAUUAGUUAUAUGUGAUAUUUUUUUUAAACUAAGGUCCCUCAUUAUUCAUACUUUGUUAGAAAUCUUUAGUUGAGCCAGGGUGUAGUCUCCUCAAUGAGAGCACUUGGAUCAGCCCUGUUUCACCUCCUGACUAAUGUUAACUAAUUGGCUCCUGGAGUCGUGCCCAGAGGGACCUUCCUGGGGUGAGCUAUACUCGGGGGAAACAUGGAAUUCAGCAGGUAAGGAGGAAAAUACCAAUUAAACAGCAAUGUUUCUUGUCUUUGUACUAGUCAUGUUUGAGGGGAAAGAAUCUUAGAAACAUCCGAAAGCUAGUCGUGGUGCAGCACAGCUGAGGGGAGACGCAGAAGGCAGAGCCAGGGGUUCUGGAGACCAAGGCUGACGGGCAGGCAGGGCAGUGACAGUGCCCACGCAAAGCCGCCCCAGGCUACCUUCCGACAAAGAAAUGCAGCAUCCGUAAGAGAGCGCUGGUCCUCAAACGGGGGUUUGGGGGAGCUUCCUGCUGCAUGUUAUUAAACAUUACAUUCCUCUCGAGCCUUUGCAUUUCUUAAAGGACACUGAAUUGGAUACUGAUUUGAUUUUCUUUUAUGCCCCUGAUAAUCUCAGGAGGUGGCCACUGCUCAAUGAAAUUCCCCCGGCUCAGUUUUUCGCGAAGGCUGCAGACAUGACGGAGGCUCGGCAUGUGCCCCAAGCAGCACACACAAGUGUGGGGUAGGCGGCCUUGGAGGACAUUUGCUGGGAAAGCUCCUACUUUUUAUUUUAUUAAAGAAAUCUUGUAGUAGGUAUCUCUGCCUGCAGCAUGAAGAUGGAUUUAGCUUCCCUCCUUGCCAGCAAACAUGAAUAUUUAUUUUAUUCUAAACAGAUUCAUUUCUGAAUUUCUAAACUGUCUUCCCACACAUUCCCAGGGAGACCAGCAGAUUCAAGGGUUCUACAAAGUAAGGUUCAAAGUGAUAGUAAGGACCCUGGUAGCAGAAUUUUAUCGUGUGUUUUCACUCUGCUUUAGUCAUUCAGGAAGCUUUUCCUGAACUACCACUCAGGGACAGGGAAUGGUGUGGGGUGCUACUUUUUCUGUUUAGUUUUUGUUUCUUGUUUUUGUUUUUUUAAUUUCCAGUUGGUAUUUCCUUUUCUCAUAUGCAGCUACUUAAUCCUUACUCUAACAAAACAGAAAAGCCUUUAUCAUCAGCUUUUAUCUGGUAGCGUCCUUAACGGCCCUAGACCAAAGAGUUUCUCCUCAGGUGCUCAGGAGGCCCUGCCUUGUAGGGAACUCCCAGGCAUCCAUUUACUGAGGCCAAGGGCACGCCCCCUCUGGGAGCGGCCCGUGGUACAUACAGCUUAGAAUACAGCUUUGUUACCGUCCUUGCACUAGAGACAGGACAAUUAGGUGGCAGAUGUCUUUGAUGAGUGACACUAUCAAUAGAGGCUCUUGGGAGAUUUUUCCUAGGACACAAAGGCCACUGUGAGCAGGCGUGUCCAGGAAAGCAGGCUGCGACUUGGCCAAGUAAGUUCAUUAGGUGACCUACCUACCUCCAAAGAAAUGUCAAAACACUAGCAAUGACCGCUUUAUCUUAAACCCCUGGACAUAACUCAGUUUUACCAUUCCUCUCUUCCAUGCCAAUAUUUUGUGUUGUUUCCUGCACAUUCCCUAUCAGUAAAUGUCUAAAAUUAUUUUUAACUGUGCAAUGUUAAAGACUUUCUCCAUAGAUUCAGAAAAGAGGGUAGCAAACACGAAGACAAGUUCAGAAUAAGCCAACCUACCUAGAUACACAGACCCAACAGCACCGCGUUGUUAAAACCUCAGCUCUACUCUACACUCCCCCCAAAGCAGUACCCUUCCUAAAAAGCCAAACAUCACACCCUUCUUCUAUUUGCUAAGAACAUCUUUAAUAUCAGAAUAAACACACUGUAGAUGCUAUCCAAAGCAGAUUCUAAAAUGACAUACUAAGAAGCCAGACUUUGGUCAUCAGACAACAGAAACACCACUUCACCCUUACGUGCUCAGUUAAAACAACCUCGCAAAAACCACACCCAUCUAGGCAAUCCAUCUGGUCCCAGGAAGGAAUACCUUAUUUUGAAAGCAUAGGACACAUCAAUGGGAAAUGUCAAUGCUCUGAGCAACACAGAGUAAGUGUAAGAUGGCCAUAAAAAAGAAAUCCCAAUUCCCACACUGGAGCAGCAAAAAUUUGAGUAUGAAAAACGAAGUAUAGGAGUCCAAACUCUCAUGAUUAAUAUUUUCUUCAUACAGCAUUUGUCAAAUUAUACAACCUUGGGGUCUUUUGAGUUGCCUGAACAAUCUUUAUGAAGAUUAAACCCCCCCCAAAUGGGGGCUCAAAUUUCUAAGUACCCUACAUUCAAAACUUUAGGGUCUGAAAGGAGAUCUGGAAUCUGAUAUUACCGAGAUCCCAGGCAAAGGACCAUCCUUGCAGUCUUUGCCAGCUCGCCAAUCCAUGCCUUUGUUCUUUAAACACAGAAGGGGAAAAAAUUAAAAAGCAAAACACCCUAUUCUAUAGGAAUUUUCCUUUCACAAAUAACUUGAUAGGUAGAAAUAAACUUGCCUGCCUGCUCUUAAGAAAUGCCAGACUGCUGUAAGGGAAUGCAAAGGGCAUGGUGCCCAGAACCGUGCUUAAUAGGACUGUGAAUGUUUUCUCCUAACCCAAAGUACAGCAGACCUCUUCUAGUGUAACUAUGGGAUGCUUUGAAGGCCCAUCCCCUACUAGUCUGAAUCGCUUUGCUUCAGCUUCAAGCAAAAGACCAUUUCCAACAGAAGUGAACUUAUUUACUAUAAUUCUUCCUCAGGUGCUAGGCCUUUCUUGCAAUGUACAGAAAAUAUGCAUGUUUUAGUGGGAUUUACUGUUUUGGCUUUAGAGUCAAAGAGAUUAGUUCCAUGAAGUUCACCUGGUUCCCCAUAGCAAGUGUAUUUUAUAACCCUACAAUUCUAAAUCCAACCCCGAGCAUCAAAUCAAAUUCACAGAUAAAGGGGAGCUGGUAGGGAAGGGUCUUGGUUAUUUCCAUUUGUGACCAAAGUGGCCAAAGAUAGGAAACUCCCUUUCACUUGAUGAACACCACUGCACCAUAUGAAACGUCAGUCCCCCAGGACCAUCCUGUGACCUAAUCAGACUCUCAGUGCGUGCCAGGAGCACACACUUUUCAUGGUCUGUUUCAGCAUUUUCCUUCAGAGAGUACUGAGAUUUCUCGCUGAAGCAGCUUUGUUAGUCAGACAUUUUCAGAUUUUAUAUUUAUGUUUAAAUACAUUAGACGGCCUAAUGAAGCAACAUGAGUCUAAUGGGGGUUGGUGGGGGUGUGAAUUCUGACUUUAUGUUAUGGCUUUCUUUGUGUGUGUUUUUCUUGGUGGGUUCUUGGUGAGUACCCUGGAAGGUUGGAAUUCUCUGAAGUCAUAGCCAUACAACCAGAUAGGGUUAGGAAAAGCCAGAUAAACACAGGAGAAUAAAAUUAAACUGUCAGAGUCCCAGGAACAGCCCUGACUUCUUCAGGAACCCAAGCAAAUUGAAAGCAAAGAUGAACUAUACAAAUGGUGCCCAGGCCAUUUGACUGGGGGUAGCCCACUGGAUUUGGACACUGCCAUUUUCCUGGCACGGGUCCACAGUGUGUGGUUGCAGAAAUGCAAUUUUCUGGGUUGUUUCCUCUUCCCUUUGAUAGAAGAUGAUUUUGAGAUGAUGGGAUACGAGUGGGGCCUGCUCUCAGCCCGCCAAGGUAUAGAUGUUCCAUCUGUAAGCAUCACUUUGAGCAAAACACUCCUGUGGUUUACCAAGUUUCACUCUAGUGCCAAUAUUAUCAGGUUAAAGCACCUUUAAUCUUUUUUGUUGCUGUUCUAAAAUAAUUUAUUUGUGAAGUGGAUAAAAGGAACACUGGAAAUAGGGUGCUUCUUAUAAAAAAAAUUUGAGUGUAAAACAGACACAAGGCCUUUCGUGAGUUUAUCUGGCUUUGUAAACAAGUCUGACAAUGAAUGACAGCUAACUAUAUAAAACAGUUAGUUGUCUGUCUUUGACCAUUUUUAACUCUGAUCUGUAUUUAACACUUAUUUAUUUGUUAGUUUUUACAUUCAGAGGAAAUACACUUUCAACUCUGGCUAACAUUGUAGAAUGUUUUUCAGUUGUUUUCUGAUUUUUUUAAACAUUAUUUCAUCAUUUUUGUAAACUUAGAUCAUUUUUGAAUAGCCUUUUUCUUUUCCAAUAGACCAAUUACCACUCAUAGGUCUGCAGAACCUUUCUUUUUACUGUAUUCUUAUAAUAAAUGUAAAGUA